CGAUUAAAAAUAUUCGCGGCGUCGCGACUCGUGCGCGCGAGGCUGUCUCGGAGUAUCGAAAAACAAGACAGUUCAAAACAACGAUUGGACAAUUAAAACCAAUACGUAACAAUCAAGUAUAAGUUGAAAACUUUCUUUAAGUGUCGUCGCAGAGUUUUUACUGGAAAUAUAAACUUUCUUCAAAAUGGAAACCGAAGGAUAUCUGUGUGCUGAAGAUUAUCUCAAAGAAGUAAUUAAACUUCAACUAAAAAAGCCCAAAAAUUGGAAUUGGGAACUUUCUACAUCGAAAUCAUCCCCACAUUUAGCUCUUCCGAUAAUACAACUAUUUGACUCCAAAGGCAAGCUUUUGGUCGAAGCGAAAGACGCUGGGGUUACUACCGAGCGCCGAUCUUGGCACAGUUCCUCCAUCGUUCCGCAAGUAAAUCAGCAUAGAAUCCAGAGAUCUCGUAGUGAUAUUUUAAAAGAGUCCAUUGACUUUGCCAAUAAUCACAACCAAAGCAACACUUUGCCAAAAAUCCAAAAACAAAAACUCGUAAGAAAAAGAUCAUCAACUCGUACAUUGGAUAAUAUUAAUGAAUAUGACAACGAAAUUAAUUUUGUGAAUCAAAUUAACAAGGAGAAAACAGUUAAAAAGAAAUACAGCAGAUCAAGGAGUGAUGGACAGUUUAAUAAAAGAAGACAACUUGAUGAAGUCACUUCUGAGAUUAAUCCUAUAAUAGGGUUGGUUGACGAAGAUGAGUAUGAAUAUCAACCGCCGAAAUAUGAGAUGCGGACAUCAAAUGCCGGCACACUGCUUGUAAAACGUUAUUCUUUUACUCCCUCAACGCGAAGAAGAUCCCUAAGAGAAAAUUCACUUGGCAGGACUUCUUCAGCAUCCAGUAUACCGAGUAUAACAAGUUUACGCAGUACUACCAGUGAUCAAACCAUUAAAUCCAUAUUUAAAUCGGUAUCAAGCGGUGGAGUUUAUAAAACUGUCGGUAGUGAUACUAGAGGUGUUGUCCUUGGUGAUGGUGGUGGAAGCAUCGCACGAGAGUUCAAGGAUGAGCGCGGACGUAAACGACGCGAGCGUAGCCGGUCUCGCGCCCGCAGCAUCGAGCGGGAUCGGGAUCGAUAUCCCGAUGCUGGCUCCACUGUCUCUACUACCUCAGCAACCACCACCGCCGCCACUCCUGCUUUAGGUUCGGAUUCUGUGCGCCGCAAUCGCGAUCGCGACACGGCCGACGACGAAGUGUUGCAGCGCAUUCGGCAGUAUCGCCGCCGCAUCGAUCAAUUAGCCGACGACACCGCCGCCCUCAGGUCGCCCACGAGUUCAAGCUCGAGCUCCGAAGACGAGGGGCACGUGGGGCGCAGGAUGCAGCGCGAGUUCGACCAUAGUUUCCGCGACUACCGGAAGAGACAGAGCAAAGCUAAAGCAUUCAAAGAUCUAACCAAGAAAGUGCCAGAGCGACCGUGUGGUCGCGAAUUGCCGUGCGAAGAUGUGAGGAAGAUGGGAGCAAAUGUGAGCCGCCACUCGUCGAAAGGUUUAUCCGGACGCCGUUCAGAGUCCAGCGGCAGCAUCUGCAAGACUAAAAAGGGUGGUUCGGCCGGAAACGGCACUCAACCGCAGCCGGUGUGUGGCAGCUUGCCCAGCUACUUGGAGGCUUCCAACAACAACCACGACUAUGAAAAGCAGCCAAUAAAUGAUGUCGACCGCAUCCCGCCCCUUGGGGACGGUGCGCCGCUACAUUGGAAGUUCUCGGAUAAUCAGACAGUACUCUGCGAUCAGGGCUACGGCUCGGAGCGUUCGCCCGAGGACGAGUUCCCGCCGCCGCUGCCCGAGCACGACAACCAGUGCAACCAUCAUCUGGACAUACAUUCCUGCUAUCCCUUCAUCACACCAGCGGACUUCGCAAUGUUUCAAAAGUUGCUAGAAACGACGUUUGCCGUCUCCUUGGCGAAGGGAUCAAGGGGGCUAGGCCUGAGCGUCACCGGCGGCAUCGACAGCGGGGGCUCUUGGCCGGGUCUCAUCCGUGUCAAACGCCUCUUUCCCCACCAGCCGGCAGCCGUCUCCGGCGUGCUCAACGUCGGUGAUCUCAUCUUGGAGGCCAACGGAGUAGCGCUCACUGGUCUCACGAAUUACGAAGCUCUGGAAGUGUUACGAACUUCGGCCAGUCAGGUCGAGCUACGCGUGUGCCGACCACCCCCGGACGUGCUGAAUUGCGUCAGCCCAAUCUCGGAAGUACCCCCACCUCCACCAAGACGCGAACUUGCACCCCUGCCACUUACGCCUGAUCAAUUAAACAUUAGCGAUGAUGAACUCAAUGGGGAGUUUGAAAUCACCAUGCGUAAGAUUGGAGGGUCAUUAGGUUUCACGCUCCGUAAGGAGGACGACAGUGCCCUGGGUCACUACAUCAGGGCGCUGGUACGCGAUCCCGCGCUCAAUGACGGGCGUAUACGACCUGGCGAUAAGAUUAUUGCCGUGAACAAUGUCGAGAUCUCGUCGAUGACCCACGACGAGGCCGUCAAUUUCCUACGAAAAUGUGGGCAAUUGGUCAAGCUGCGUCUUUACAGAGAUGCUGCACAAACACCAAUCGCCACUCUCUCUCCAACGGAAACAACCCCAAGAACUUCAUUUACUAAAAAAGCUCAAUUACGUCAAGAGGCCAUGGACAUGCUCAAUGACAUAGCGGUACGCAAGCUGUUGCCAAACUCAGACUCUUACAAGUCUCAAUCCCCUUUGGCCUCUCCACGCCGCAUACGCAGUCGGAUAAUGACUUGCCCUUCGGAUGCGUCUGGUGACUCUGCAGCUAACAACCCCAAUGUCACCAUGCACUACUAUGUUCCUGAGGAGCAAUUCCACGAGGGACUACUGCAACGAGGCGGUUACUUACCAUUUGACGAAGAAUCAUUCAAUUCGUUGUUUAUCCAAGACGAAGAGGACGGUGACAAGCCACCACGUCCUCUGUCCUUGGAACUAUAUAACCCCAAACAAACGCCAGUGGCGUGCCGGAAACCCAAGUUCAACUUCUCUCUGGCACAUAACGCUUACGAGCUAAACAACUUGGACGCCGAAAUCCUCGACGCUCCUAAUCUUACCUACAACAUGAACGAGGAUGUAAACAGCACGGAAGUAGAGUGUGAAGAUAACUAUCCCAAGGAACCUGCUAGUAUGCCACACAUUCCCCUGUCAGAGAACCCUGGGUUUAGUUACAAGAACCCGACGUAUCAAAGCGCCCAUCCACCUUGUGGUAGUGGAGGAAGAGAAAACGGGGUAUCUACAUUGGAGCACAGAAAGAGCAACAGUACCACUCCCGCCCAAAGUAGCAAUACUUUGCUCAGGGAGCCUGAGAAGAAACCCAGACGGAAGAAGAGUAUUAUUAAAGAACCCAAGCCACCUGUGCCCGACCAACCAGAGAUCGUUGCCAUUGAAUUAAAUAGAGGGUGGAACAGCCGUAUGGGUUUCAGUUUGCAAGGACCCGUGGGUCAGACGUAUGUUAGUGCUGUUUAUCCGAAUAGUGUCGCCUCUAAAGAUGGGAGAGUCAAGGAAGGCGACGUGAUAAUUAGGGUAAACGACGAAGGUGUGGAACACAUGACGACCAGCUCAAUAAUAGACCUGUUGAGGAUUCUGCGCGGGCCUGUGUCGAUUGUGAUGCUGCGCGACCCCGCCAAUGCCAGGCGUCUGAUGAACGCCCAAAAUGUAUAUAAAGACUGCACUUCAAAAGCGAGCAAUGCGGUGAAUUGAUGUAAACUUAGUACAAGACAUAUUCUAUUAGCAUGUAACUAAAUAAAAUCGCUGAAUUGAAGCAAAACAAAAACUAACAUUUAAACGGUUUGCAUUGAAUCACAUUAAAUUUACAGUAUACCUAUAUAUUGGAGCGAUCUAUCAAAUAUUCGAACGAGAAAUGAUUGAGAACAAUACAAUAUGUAAUACAAUUAUUAUUCACAAUUCCAUAAAUUCUAGUUAAUCAAUAAUCACACCAGACAUUGAUGAAAUGUUAACACGUCAGCACCUAACGCAAAUAUUGAAAAUUCUCACAUCGUAAACUAAUGGAAACUGUUAUACAAAGUUUGAGUAUGUUAAAGACAACCAAAGAUUAAAUGAAUAAUUGAUCAAUGUCUCGAUUUUAACUGACGUUUGUGUUGUUUAAAAAUGUAAAUCAAAGAUAAAAUCAAAGAAGAUAUAUUCUAUACAUGAGUGUCUAGACAUAUAUAUGAUAUUACAUUAAUCUAUAGAUUAGUGCAACUCUUGUGAUAGAUAUUAGUUUAUAAACAAAUAUAACGGUUGCAAUGAAAUGACAAUUAUAUUAUGCUCUAAAUACUUUCACUUCUGAUUUAUGUUUAAUUCUCAUUGCUUUUAUUAAAAAUGUUCCAUUUUACUCCAAAUUAAGUAUGUACAUCAACUAGUCCUCCAAAUGUGACACAAUGUAUUAGUUAUCAUCUUCAUACGAUUUGAAUGAAUCCUGUAAAUUUUAGAUUAAAUAUUAUCAAUGUUAUAAAGUGUUACGUCGAUGAGGAGUAAACAUGAAAAGCAAACUUAGCAAAUAAUACAGUAUUCAAUUAAUUAAGGGCAUAAAAAUUAUACAUGCAUAUGUAAUUAUAUGAUAAUAACCUAAUUGAUGAAACAUAAAGAUACAUAAUGAUUGAAUAACUCAUUUGAAUUAAGAAAGUUUAACUAUGAUUAAUAAAAUGAACAUGAAUUAUAAACAAGUAAAUUCUAAAGUAUUUGCCUGAAGAUUAGUAGGUAACUAAAUGAUAACCACAGAGGAAGAAACUUAUGAAUUUAUGACGACUUUGAUUGUGACGUUUGUAAUAGCAGAAUAAGUGAACGAGGCAAUUUGUGUAUAAUGAAAACUUCAUAAAGUUUCUCUUGCAGUUUAUGUGUCAAUUUGAACAUUUGAACGGACUGCGGCAGAUAUUGUUAUUUAGUUUAUGCGUACAUUAACUUUUAUUUUUGUAAGAUAUAUUUGCAUUAAGAUCAGCGUGAGGAAAAUUACGUCGUGGUUGUGUGUUGUGUAUUUAUUAUCAGUUGAUUGAUUGCUGGAAGAAAUUUAUAUGAUAAUCUAAGGAUAUAUUUCAUUGAUAUUUUCAUUGGAAACCAAAGAUGCUAAAAAUAAAAUAAAAGUUAAUAAUAAUA